UUAACAAUCGUCUUUUCUGACAGCCGUUUAGUUGAGUGACCUCGGAGGGAUGAUAGACGACUUCGAGGCUCCGGAGGUGCGGUCCAGCGGGGAGCUGUGGUCGGAGAUCUGCCCGGCUCUGCCGGAGCUCAGAGCCGGGGCAGCUCCGGCUCUCCGCCCGGACUUCACCGACGCCUUCCGUCCAGACCCGCUCAGUGGAGGGGUGGUGAACGGACACACGCACCGGACAGACCCCAGCUCCUCCAGCGCUAAAUGGGAACCGAUGGAGGAUUCUGAGAUUUACAUAGCCAGUUUAGAGAAUCGCCUGAAAAAGUUAAAAGGCCAGUCCAGUGACGUUACCUCCAGGGACAUGCUGCGGUCCUUGUCUCAAGCGAAGAAAGAAUGCUGGGAUAGAUUCCUGCAUGAUGCCGAAACGUCAGAGCUCUUCCAAGGUGGAGACAUGGACGAGAGCGCUAUGGAGCACUUCAAGAGGUGGCUGAUCCCGGAGAAGGUGGCCAUCAGUGCAGAGGAGCUGGAAUACCUCCUGAGGCCGUCUGAGAGUAGAGAACAAACCGGAUCAAAUCCAUCGCAAAACGAGGAUAUCGCAGAGGGCGAGGCACACAACCCUGAGGAAGACGAAGCUCAUAUCCCAGAGAAAUAAGUGUGAUAAAAUCAAAAUGGUGAAAGAACUAAUUUGUCUUUGGCUCUCUUGGGGAGACCUGUGACCCCAUCCCUCCAAAGCAGUGUUUUGGUCAAGCUUAUGUCAUUAGCUGUCAUUCUCUGUUCCCACAGCAACCCAGCGUUGCAUACGUCACGUCACGUGUAAUGUGUGUGUUCUUCAUCCCUUCAACGUCUUCAUCCCUUCAAGGUCAUCGCAUUCUGAAAGUAUUUAAUGUUAUGUGAAAUUAGACUCAUUUGUCCUGUAGCGGUAUAAUGAGAAUCUAACAUCCACUUUUCAUAAAUGUUCAGAUGUAAAAUGAUUGAUCACAUGCAGGGUUACGCUGUGAAGGAGAAUUGCGAAGAUGUGAGUAAUGUAUUGUGCUGCUGUGACAGAAGUUCCUGUUUAAAAGAAAAAGGAGACGUCCGAGUUAGGAAUCGUUGUUCUUAUUUGAAACCACAUGCUGCUGUACACAUGGUUCUGCAUACUGGAAACGUGACCACUUUGACUGGUUCCCACUGUAGAAAAGAAAAAUAUAGAUACGCGUAUUCAAGGAAGACGCAAAACCUUUCCAGUAGCAGAACACCAUCUGGGUAGUUUUCACAUUUUGCAUAUUGUGCAGAUGGUUCCAUGCUGCAAACUAGGCACUACGCUUUUGUCACAAAAUCAGAACAUGACAGUAUUAUAGUAUGUGAUUUCAAAAAAUUACUUAUGAUUUCUUAUAGUGCACAAUGUAUAGCAACAUAUUAAGGAGCAUUACCAUUUUUAACAUAAUUUUACUUAGUUUUACCUGAUUUUUCAAUUAAAAUACCUAAAACUGAUUCAGAUGCUUUGUGUGUAUGUCAGCUAUACCUGUAGUUUUAGGAAAUGUUAUACAAGUGUGUUGUCAAUCUACGUUUUGAAAGCCUGUCCUGUGAUUAUGGCUAGUCUUGACCAUAAUUUAAGCAUCAGAGGGCCAUUUUAUGGUUAAAAACAUUGAGUUUACAGGUUCGGCUAUGAAGGUCAGUUUUAUUUGUUAGGGAAUCCAUCAUGUAAAUAAAGUUCAUCAUAAGUGUAGGAAGGGGUGGUACAGGUAUGUUAAAAGAAAGCUUCAGUGAAGCAGUUUACACUUUAGUAUCCUGCUUUAUCUUUAGAUGGCAGCAACGAAUGUCCUAAUUUAUCCACGUUUUUAUAAGGCAGUCUUUAACAUUGCAGGCCAUACAGCCAAGCCUGUAAGAUGGAUUUGUAAUGUCCAAAUCAGACAUGUGUUGGUUUGUAGUCAAACUGUUACAAGACUGAAAAUGAGUAAUUUCAUCUUUAUUUACUGUAGACAGGAGAAGUUAAUUCAGAUAUAUUAUAUGCUUAAUUCCCUAUAUCUUGCAGGAUAAACUACCGUACUUCAUUUUCUUAUACAUUAUUAAAGCUGGGGAAUUAUA